CCCGCUAGUCUGCAUGAGCCCUGGGGCGGAAGUACGCCAUCGUAGAUGCCAGCAGGUAGCGUUAGCCAUGGGAGUUGAUGAUUCAUAACAUAUAAUUCCUGAUUCGUGAAACAACACAGACUUUUCAAUCUACUGUCACUCUGCGUAGACCUGCCGUUUUGAAGUCAAGAGUCUGCGUAGUGCGUAGACCUGGCCUCUGAAGUCAACUGAAUUAUUAUGUGGCACUGCUGGUGCCACCUUUACCUGCAUGUUUUCAAUCCCUCUCUAUAAGUUCCGGGGCUGGCAAAGCCAAUUUUGAUUCAGAUCUGAACUGCUCUAGUUCUUCUAGUGUAGACCACACCACCAGGUCAUAUUCCGCUUCACAUUCAGGUGUGACAUUCAUGACUGACAGAGAUGUUCUACUUCUGUCUUAGCUGUCCUAGUGUGUUUGGUCAUGUCCUGGCUUUACACAAACACACAGAGGGCCUGACAUUGCAUCUUUGGGACUGUAAAAGUGUUGAAUGAGUUUUUGAGUACCAGUCUUUGCUUGCAGAAAAUCAUCCCAACUCUCACAGGUGCUCAGAUGAAGUCGUAGCCAAACGAGGACACGUACGUUGUCUUGGUUAACUGUUGAUGUAGCCUAUAUUAAUAUCCUCACAACAAAUAACAGCAUUCUCUCUUCAACUCAGUGAGACGUACCGUUGGGCAUUGCGUUUCAUCUGUUCCUCUGUUUCUAACAGACUAGACAUUAAUCUCUCGUGAAAUCUAUAAAAAUGUUAAACAUCCAUUUAUUAGUUGUCUAGUUAUGAUUUAUAGCAUAUGAUGGAAAACAAAAUGGUAUCCAGUGAUUACUGCUUGGCCACAAUAUCUGGACAUUAUUAUCUUAAAAUAGCAGUUUACCAAACUGGGUUUAUCCACCAAAAACAAAACAAAGUAAUAAUAAUAAUAAUAAACAAUUACAAGAAAGUUGUUAUCUUAUAUGUCAAAGAUGGCAUCAUUAUUCUGUGAAAUUUGAUAAAGCACGUAGAUCAAAGCUGGAGAGAAUUAGAAUUCCAAGUUCUCUGUCUCCCAGUUUUGGUUCAGGUCGUAACUCUCCGGGAGCAGCAGAGUCCUGUAAGAGUUCCCGGAAUGAUGAGGAAGUUCCCAGUUCCACGCACACCAGGUCCCCUUACUGUGGCCAGGCAGUGUUGUGCAUUCAGCAUCAAGUGAAAGUGCAGUGUGCCUGCAACCUCUCUUUCUUUUUCUCUCUAUCUCUCCAUCUUUUGUCUCUCCCUUCAUUCGCACUCUUGCCAUCACAGGGAGCAGUGUAAUGCUGGGCUCGCUCUCUCUCUCUCCCCUCGCCACUCCCGGUUGAGCGGGGCACGGUGCAGGCGCCGGAUUAAACGGCUGUGCAGUUUGCCGUGUUACGUUCGUAAUAAUGUUUUGCCACGCCACCAAAUCUCACUCCUCCACUUCCCCUCCUAGAGCAGUACCAGGAAAGGCCAGAAUUUUACAGAAUAUGAACUCUCUUAAAUAAUACAAUGCCUUAAUAAUGUAUCUGUCUGCUCUAAGUCAGUGAUUAAAUGCAGUUAAGACUUAAACGUCGACAGGAAAUCAAAAUUUUGCAUAGCCUGCAUAGCACCAUAUUUCUCCUCAUACCCACAUAUACUCCUAACCACCAGGUGGCACUCUUGCAUGGUUGGGCUGGGCCUAUAACCCUCCCCUUCCUGUCCCCUGGCCCACAUCUGGCUGUGUGAUGGCUGAUUGGUCUGUUGCAGUAGAGUAGUGGUAGAUGUGUCUUCACAAGGCCUGCAUGGGGUAUGUGUGUGUGGACUGUGGACCUCAGGCUUAACCUUGGAAAAUUGUAUAAAAUGUGCUUUUCUGUCAAGGUUCUUCCUCUGUGGUUUUAUGUGUUGUGAAUAUAUUUUUGCAGCAUUAGGAUCUGUGGGAAAUUUUGACCUCUGCAACAGGUCAAUGACGUUGUCAGGAGCAAGCAACGCAGAGAAGUUUGAUUAUGUCAUGAACUUCAUGAAUAAGCUGGCAGGAAAUGAAUAUGUAGGCUUCAGUAAUGCCACGUUCCAGUCGGAGCGAUUGUCUGGUGACAGGAACUUUGCCAUCGGCUAUUACUUGAAAGAGAAAAAGUGUUUCCCAGAGGGGACGGACAUGACCGCCAUCCUGGACUUUUACUUCCAGCUGUGCUCGAUUGAGGUGACAUGUGAGAGCGCCAGCGUUAUGGCUGCCACGCUGGCCAAUGGUGGCUUCUGUCCAAUCACAGGAGAGCGUGUGCUAAACCCUGAAGCUGUGCGGAACACAUUGAGUCUCAUGCACUCUUGCGGCAUGUACGACUUCUCUGGGCAAUUCGCUUUCCACGUGGGCUUGCCAGCUAAAUCUGGAGUGGCUGGGGGCAUCCUGUUGGUGGUACCCAACGUCAUGGGCAUCAUGUGCUGGUCUCCACCUCUGGACAAGCUUGGCAACAGCGUACGCGGCAUCCAGUUCUGCACGGACCUGGUGCAUCUCUGCAACUUCCACAAUUACGACAACCUGAGGCACUUCGCCAAGAAGCUGGACCCACGCCGGGAGGGCGGCGACCAGAGAGUGAAGUCCGUCAUCAACCUACUCUUUGCCGCCUACACCGGGGAUGUGUCUGCUCUGAGGAGGUUUGCGCUCUCAUCCAUGGACAUGGAGCAGAGAGACUAUGAUUCCAGGACCGCACUUCAUGUAGCUGCAGCUGAAGGACAUGCUGAAGUGGUCAGGUUUUUGCUCGAGGCCUGCAAAGUGAAUCCUGUGCCCAAAGACAGGUGGGGCAACACGCCCAUGGACGAAGCUGUGCACUUUGGUCACCAUGACGUCGUAACGAUUCUGCAGGAAUACUGUACCCAGUAUAGUCCUCCGGAGCCCACGGCAGACAAGGAGACAGCCGAGAAGAACCUGGACGGGUUGCUGUAGAAACACUUGCCCAUAACCCUCUGCCACCCCAAGCCCAACCCCCUGACUAUUUAAGGCGUUUGUGUUUGUAUCUGAGUGUGUGUGUGUGUGUGUGUGUGUGUGUGUGUGUGUGUGUGCGUUUGUCUGUGCGAGUGUCUGCAUGAGAGUGCAGCUCAAGGGGGUAUUCCAAGUACGUUUAGUGAUAAACCUGGGUAACUUAACUCAGAGUAAGUGGUAAACCUCCUACAACAAGGGUAUGGUAUUGUUUUGUUAGGAGAAUGAAGCUAUACAGCUCUUCUAUUAGGAGGUUUACCACCUACUCUGUGUUAACUAACCCUUGUCACUAAACCUCGUACUUGGAAUACUCCCCUGGUCAUCUCACUGGUAGUGUAGCAGUGGAUGGUUCGUCAUUGAACGUUGAAACUUUGUACAAGUUACUGUAUUUUUAAGACGAAGAAGAAGAAGAAGACGAAGAAGAAGAAAAAACUAAAUAUUUUAUAGCUGUGUUUGUUUACCUGUUCAUGGUGUGGUUGUGAUAUUUUCUCGCUUGGCAUUUUUUGUUUGUUUUUGGUUUGUUUAUUUGUUUGUUUGUAUUUGCUUUGUUUAGUACUGCACACUCCCUAAUUCCCAGAUAGUGGAGGAUUGUGGGACAGAUCUUGCACUAGGCCAGCGCUGGUUAAUGGUCAGUUCCCUUGUCAUUUCCUAUCUAUGUCGUAGUGUUCUCUCAUUGUGACCACUGUUUGGAACAUUGACUCCACACAAAGCGUACGUACUCACUUUCCUCUCUGUAAUAGUGAAAACAUAUUUAAGGUAUAUAAAUAUAUGUGUAUAAAUAUAUGAAGAUAUAAAUUUGUAUAUUAAUGUACUGUUAAGAUGUCACAAAAAAAAAUCUACUUUAGCGCCCUCUAGAAUCCUUCUAGAGCCGCAGUGAGAGGAUCUAAUAUAAACAGAUUUAAUGUGAAGUAAGCGAGUCUUUGGGCAGCUUGUGUUUCGUAGUUAGUGUACAGUACAGGAGGAGCUACUCUGCUGAAGGAGCCGCCUAUGUUUCACCAGUCUAAACUCUGAGGGGAAGUUAUCGUUCGGCUUAUCUAUUAGCUUAAUAUCGGUCCAAGUAGAUAGAUAGUAAUAUCGCAACUCUCUUGCCUUUCUUUUUUUUUCAGCAUCCAAACUACAAAAUGAAAGUGAUUGUUUGAAGAUAUUUGCACUUUGUCGUUGUUGUUGUUGUUUAUUAAGGUGGAUGUGUGUAAGUGUAAGGGGCAGUGAAAGCAAAGAAUGUGUGUCCCCUUUGCCAGAGGCUGAAUGGUUGCAAAAUCUCAUGCUGACUAAAUAUGUCAGUGGCCACCAGAGGAAAACAAAAACACUAAAUUGCACAUCCUUUGCACCACACUGCUUUGAGUAAGAGGCCGUGGCUAUAAAGGCCUUAUUGAAUGCGAAGCUCAAGUUGUAAUUUAUUUACCAACAGCCGUUACAGUUUCAGAGGAACUAUUUAGAAGCCAUGCGUUAAAACAAUUGGGUGUGAUUUCCUAUGAUUUAGUUGGAGUAGAAAGCAGUUACGGAGACGCAUAAAGAAUGUUGGAA